UCACACGGGUGGGUCUCCUGCAUGAGGCUCACUUGUUCCCGGCGGCCCGUCAUGGCGACCCUGGGCCAGCUGGUCGCUAAUAGCCUUUGGUUUGCCUUCGACGCCCUUGACCACCAGAAGACCGGUGCGGUGCCCAAAAGUCAGCUUAAGGUGCUGACACAGAACGUGGGAGUCCUGCUGAAGGUGGAAAGGCGCGUCGAGAAUUGCAUUGCUGAGUACCUGAGCUCCCAGCACCUCACCUUCGAGCAAUACCUAUACUUCCUAACACAUGAGGUUUUGUCGGAAGUGGACGAUGGGUCAACAAGCUACGUAGGUCUGAAGGAACACCAUGACGCCCUUGACCACACCUUCUGGCUGCUGGGACGCCACACCCUCCUCCAGCGGCACUACCCAGUCUUCUCCGAGGACGCGCUGUUCAAACUUUUCAGGAUAUUUUGUCUACUGGCAGACAGAUCUUCAGAGAGAAAGGAAUUGUUACAGGUGAGUCUCAACGUCGGGGAAGUGCGGGAGGUAACGAGGAACUUGGUCACCAGCCUAGGGCGGGAGUGGGAUGUGCGGGACUUCAAUCAGCUGGCCACUGUCAUAUCUCACUUCACCUUCCCAGUCUUCAUCACCUUCCUGGAGGGUCGCUACAUCCAGGACACGGAACCCACGGCUCUAGAGAGUGCUGUGGAUGAUGUAUAUGACAACUUUGUUCAGCAGAUUUUAAAACGCGGCAAGGUGUACCAGCGUGCGUGGUGGACGCCGAUAUGGGUGAAGCGCGAAAUGGAGGUGCGGCCAUGGGCGCUGAUCGCUCCUUGUUACAAACUCAACGCCAAAUCCGCUGCCCUGUCUGUGGUGUUGGGCCAGACCCACGUGCCACUCACGCCCGCUGCCACGGUGCACAACAUUCCCGAUGAGCCCGGCGCCCGCCAGUGCAGAUUCACGCUGUGCCUCGAGAGUAACAAGCUGGUGCAGCUGGCCGCCACUGACCACAGAAGCAAGAGUGAAUGGCUGAGGGCUUUGGACGCCGCCAUUCAUCACUCCCAGGAGGCGCUGCCGUAUCACGUCAUACAAUCAGCGACAAGGAAACUGGAGCACGCCGAGGAGGAGGCAAGGGAGACAGCGGAGCGCAUCAGGCGGGACUCCCAGGCUGACAUCAUUGAAAACACCCAAGCAGAGCUGAUGGCUGAGAAAAUGGCUCGCGCGGAGGCUGAGGCAGCAGCACGCGAGGAAGCAGCUGCCCGUCAGGCAGAGGAGAAGAGGGUCCUCGAACUUCAGACGCUUCGACUUCAGCUGGAGACAUUACUUGAAGAGGAGACUCAGGCUAAAAGAGACGAAGAAAUUGUUCGAAACCUACAAGCUAGAGUGCUACGGGAAGAGUGGGAAAGGCGGGAGGAGCUGGAGCGACUGCAGGAGGAGCAAAGGAAGAUGCUGGCUGAGGAGACCAAGAAACGACAAGAGUUUGAACGCCAACAAGAAGAAAAAGACUCUCAGCUCAGAGAGGCAGAGAAGAUGCUGAGGAAGCUUGAAAGCGAGCGGCUUCGUCUAGACCGAGACCUGCGCAGCGCCCGGGAGAAAAUAGUCAUGUCUGAGCGAGGCAAGGAGCUCCUAGAAGCAAGAAUGAAGGUGAAGGAGAGGACGCCUCCGGUUCGCACGUACUCGCUGCGUCCCGUUAGGAAGGAGCGGGGAAACAUUCCAAAGCGAUCUUCUUCCUUCAACACUCAAGCUGCUAGACUCUUCAAGUUUCGACCCAAAAAUGAAGAAAAUAAUGAAAAUGGAAGUGAAAAUAGUAACGGAACUGUGGAAAGUAACUGAAAUAAAGGAACUUUGCCCAUUCGUUCCUGAAAUUUCGUACCCAAAACAAAUGUUGUACAUACACACGUGUAAACAUUCACAUUUAUGAAACGUCGUUGCAGUAACUCGUAUCAGAGUGUUAUGAUAUACGUACACACUAAAGUGCAAUAUUACAUGACAGACUGUUGCAAAUAAGCAUUUUCAUAUUUAUUUUUAUCCUCGCCAAAUACGUACUUAUACAAUGUUUUUUGUUGUCAAAUAAAUUUGAUCAGUCAGCUUAUUUAACAGCAACUUUUUGCAGAGAAGAAUAAUUUGGGGAUCGCUGAAAGCUUAAACUCAUCAAGAACCCCAGAUGCUUGUGCAAUGGGCGACAGUGCUUGACUCGGUGCUGACUCACGUGGUACCUGCCUUGUGGCACACUUAUGCCAUUCUUUUCAUACAUUUUAUUAUAUAUAUAUAUAUAUAUAUAUAUAUAUAUAUAUAUAUAUAUAUAUAUAUAUAUAUAUAUAUAUAUAUAUAUAUAUAUAUAUAUAUAUAUAUAUAUAUAUAUAUAUACGAGUAUAUAUAUAUAUAUAUAUUCAUUAUUUCCAUAUGUAUGUAUAUACAUACAAGAUUCCUUUCAUCAUCACCGUGCGGUUUUCCAUUUUUCUUGCUUGCUUCUAAAGCUCUAGUGAAACGAAAAUGGCUACAAUGUCCCACAGAUGUAUUAUAACUUGUUAUAUUUAACUGAUUUGCAUUUAUGGAGAAAGUUAAACUUUGUACAAAUAUCUCUCUUCUAAAACAUGUAUGAUUGAGUAUGUAUUUAAUAUUGCAUUUAUUUUUUUCCUUGUGAUUAUUUAGGUAUUCUUUUUAUUGAAUUUUCCACUCCACACACACACACACACACACACACACACACACACACACACACACACACACACACACACACACACACGUAUAAAUAUAUCAGAAAUUCCAGGCAUAAAUAGUACUAUUCUAAAAUGUUGACUUGAAAUCCUACCAACUUAUCAAUUUCUGAACAUACUAAUUAAUGUCCUGCCUGUGGAUUUCAUGUCGUUCUGGUGCACAGGUCUUCCCAGACAGCCACUUGCAGACUGUAUCUGCUUGAUGUAAUGUAUGUUAUUCCGUACACAAAUCCGAGAAAAAAUGUCUUGUCAUCAAUGAACUAUCAAAGACA